AUGCCCGCGCCGCCGGCUUCCGGGUCCCCGCGCCGCAGGCUUCCCGGUCCCAACAGCUACGAAGACGGCGGCGGUGGCGGCGGCCGCGCCGGCCGCGCGCGGGAGGUGGGCGCCGCAAUCGCCGGCGGCGGCGUGGGUCGCAAGAUCAUCAAGCCGGAGCCCGUAGACGCCGUGCUAUGCGACGGGGAGGUUCCGGGGGAGCGGGGGCGCGCGAUGAUGGCGAUUUCGCCGUGGACACAAAACCCCCGUUCGCCGCCCUCGCGGCUGCCGGUCGCCGCCGCCCGCCCCUCCGGCCGCUCUCAGCCUGAGAUCAUCAAUAUCUCCGAUGACGAUGAAGACGAAGAUAGAGAAUUUCGUGGUGGAUUUCCGCUUGAGAAAGUACUUGUGAUCGAGGGGAGCGGCAAUGGCGGGAUGCGCGUCAAGGAGGAGCCUUUCGACUAUUUGGGUUGCAAUCGGGAGCCUUCCACCGCAAAGGGGAAGCGGAAGAGAGAAUCCCCCUGUAAAUUCAAGGCUGACGCACGCGGCGGCCACCACGCGGUGGCCCGGGAUUCGGGCGCUUCAUGGGCUGGCCGUGGUGCCGCGGGUCUUGUCGUCGAGGCCACGAGGUCCAGGGAGAGGAAAGAGAAGAUCAGAGAGGUAGACAGAGGAGGUGCGGGUGACCAGUCGCGCCCGGGCAAGGAGGUACUCGUCUCCAGCGAGGAAUCUCGCGGUGCUCCCGGCAAGGCAAGGAGUGGAAGGGGUAUGAGAUCAUGCGGCGAGAGGGGGAGCAGUGCUGCGCCGGUGAACCGGAUCGGCGCCACGGUCGGGUCGAGGAUCCGGUCACGGGCGCGUCAGCAUGGGAGAGUGCAGUAUGGUACGCAUUUUGCUCGAGAGGUGUCUGAUGACGCAGAAGAGGACGAUGAGGGAGUGGAGCAGGAGGAUGAGGGGUGGGGGAAAAUGGUGGAUAUAAUGCAAGUUGAUGAGGUGGAGGACAGUGGAGCUGACAAUGAGGUAGCCGAAGAGAUUGAUCAUGAAGAGCAUGUGGAGGGGAAGAACGGGGAGGAUGACCAUGGUUAUAGCGAGGACGAAUGCAACGAAGGUCAAGCUGCUGCUGCUGCUGAUGAUGAUGAUGAUGAUGAGAAGGGAUUGGAUGAGGAGGAAGGUGGCAAUCAAGAAGACAGACAUAGCAUCUACGAAGGCGAAGAAGAAAUCGAGAACGAGGAAUCAGAAGAGGAUGAGGAGGAAUUCGAUGGCACAGGGGAGGAGCAACGAUGCACGCCUAGCAACUCCAUAGCUGGUGGCAGUGUCAGGUCAGGAGGAGACGGCACUCGAGUAUUCAGGAAGAGGAUAUUUGAGGGGAUAUGUUUGCCUGACAAACCAGACAAAACCAUCGGCAGGGGUAUCGAGGGGCGGACACGAUCAAAGACAAAAUGCAAGGACAAGAAAUUGCUCAGGCGCGGAACUUACAGCAAGCCUUACUAUAUUGAUCUGCCAGACUCGACAUCGGAGUCGGAAGAGGAUAUACCACCGCUGGUGCAGCCGCGAGGGCUACUGUCAUCAAGUGAGGAGUAUGAGGAAGCCAGCAGGAAGCGUACAAAAGCAAGAAAGAAGAGACGGUACUAUGGGCCAAUUGCUAGUGAUGAUGACUCUGAGGAGGAGAGAGCGUUUGCAAGGUAUGUCGGUGUGGGAUCGUCUCGGAAGCCAAAGAAGGGGGCAUCCAAUCGGCCGGCUGUCAGGGAAGGUUGCAAAAAUUAUGAUGGUUCCAAUCCAGGGUAUGAUGGUUCCAAUCCAUGGCAUGUCAAACACAAUGGCCCAAAUGCAAAGGGUCCAACGAACAUAUCCAAUGCACAGGAUGAUCUUUCCUUCAAAAGAAAUGCACACAUUGCUCAGCUGAGGAAGCGCUGCCGAGCAUCUAAAGCCAAGGACGCGUAUGAUGAACUACUCAACUCCUUGUUUGCUGAAUGGGAGAACCAUACAGAUGGUUCUGAUCCUGCACAUGUACAAAGUGGUGAUAGCUUGCCUGUGGUAUUCUCGUUUGGGGAUGAGGAAGAAAUGGAAGUGAAAUCAGAAAAUGCUAAGUUUCAGGAAGAACUGUGGAGGGAAUUCGACCUUGCCUUUGAAUCAAUCAAUAUUGGUUCUCACGGCUGUGAGGAGGGUGAAAUUAAUGAUAGGAAAAAGGUUCCUCCAGGGGAAGCAACUUCAUGCAAACAUGGGAACCAUGAUUUCAUUAUUGAUGAGCAAAUAGGAGUUAGGUGCAAGCAUUGUCAUGUUGUCGAUCUUGAAAUCAGAUAUGUACUGCCCUCUAUGGGGAAAAAUGCUGCAGAAAGGGAAUCGGCAAUAAAUCUUGAGUUGGACUCAAUGUUUAAGGAAAUGCUCACUCUUUGCGAAGAAAAUGAUUUGCCCGUAUCGAAUAAAAAUGGAGCAUGCAGUUUUGGUGCUCACAAAGCUGUUUCAGUCUGGGAUCUCGUUCCUGGCGUUAAGGAAGACAUGUUCCCGCACCAGCAGGAUGCAUUUGAGUUCAUUUGGAAGAAGUUGGCAGGAGGUACUACAAUUGAACAGCUGAAACGGGCCGCGGACUCUGAUAUUGUAGGUGGCUGUGUGAUUUCUCAUGCCCCAGGGACUGGCAAGACCCGACUAGCAAUCACAUUUGUUCAAUCCUACCUCGAACAUUUUCCGCAGUGUAGGCCGGUGAUCAUUGCUCCAAAGGGGAUGCUGGCAACAUGGGAGCAGGAGUUCAGAAAAUGGAAGGUGACGCUCCCAUUUCAUGUACUGAAUUCAUCUGAGAUCAACUGGAGUGAAGACAAAACCAUCCAAGACCAGGUUGCAAAGAAUGGAACUUUUGCUCGGAGGUUAUUGAAAGAUAAAAUGGAUCAAAAUUAUAGGCGAUUGGUGAAGUUAGGGUCCUGGAUGAAUGGCACCAGUAUAAUUGGUGUGAGCUACUCACUUUUUAGGAAGCUAGCGAAUGAUGAAGGCAUGGAUGGGGAUAAGGUGAGGAAGGUGCUUCUUGAGAAACCCGACCUGCUUGUCCUUGAUGAAGGGCACACACCAAGAAACAAGAAGAGCAUUAUUUGGAAGGCUCUUGCAAAUGUCCGCACUGAAAAGCGAAUAAUUCUAUCAGGGACUCCAUUUCAAAACAACUUUGAGGAGCUUUAUAACACUCUGUGCCUUGUCAGGCCAAAGGAUGCAAUGCUUCUGGAGAAGGACGAAGGCAAGGAUUUCUGGACCUCUUUAAGAUUAAGUAACAUCACAAAGGCAAACAUAGAGAAAAUCCAGAGGAAACUGGACCCAGUUGUGCACAUCCAUAAGGGUAACUUCCUUGAGGAGUCUCUCCCAGGACUGAUAGAAACAGUUGUGAUUCUGAACCCUCUUCCUCGUCAGAAGGAAAUCAUCACAAGCAUGGAGAAGACUGCAGCAAUGGGUACUCUUGAUGGAGAAUACAAGAUCUCGCUUGCAUCGGCGCACCCGUCCCUCAUCACCUGCGCAAAGCUGUCCAGGAAAGAAGCAUUUCUGGUGGACAAUUCUUUGCUAGAGAGUAUACGGUUGAAUCCAUGUGAAGGGGUUAAGACACGGUUUGUUUUGGAGGUUGUCCGUCUAUGUCAAGUGCUAAACGAGCGAGUGCUGGUGUUCAGCCAAUAUCUUGAACCAUUGUCCUUGAUCAUGGAACAGCUGAAAACAAGGUUCAGUUGGACUGAAGACAAAGAGAUCCUGCACAUGAGUGGAAAUGUCGUGGUUAAAAAUCGCCAAGCCAUGAUGGAGGCCUUCAAUAACAUGAAAAGCGAGGCCAAGGUAAUGCUUGCAUCAACCAAGGCAUGUUGUGAGGGCAUAACACUUGUUGGGGCCUCACGUGUGGUUCUCCUUGAUGUCGUGUGGAACCCUUCUGUCGGAAGGCAAGCGAUUGGCCGAGCUUACAGAAUUGGCCAGAAGAAGAUUGUGUACACAUACAAUCUGAUUGCGGACGGCACGAAGGAGAUGGAGAAAUACAACAGACAAGCGAAGAAGGAACACAUGUCCAAAAUGUUGUUUUCAAAUGAACUGCAGUCUGGAGGAUGCAGCAUGUCACCAGAAUCAACAUUCAAUGACAGGAUUUUGGAAGAAAUGACUGCACGUGAAGACCUCAAAAAAUUGUUUGUUCAGAUUCGCAUUGAAAAUCAAACUAAUGGUUUAGUUCGGUUCUGA